CCUCAGUGUUAACCUCGCAUCCCUCUAAAUCUCCUAAACCGGCUAAAAGGUGAUAGAGAAUACGAUAUACUGCGCGAAUUACGCAGGGAUAAUGAAGGGAUCUGGAUUCGGUGGUUCUAACGGAUUAUUAUUCCUAAUUAUCAUAGCAGGCAUCGUUGUUCUAAAAACAACUACAACGAAUGCACAACAGGAAAGUUACAGUUAUCCAGGAUUUUAUUCACCGAUUUACUUAGAGAGACAAAAUCCUAAAUAUUUGAUGCAAACUAUAUCCAGAUUGAGGCAGGCUUUGAUCAACGAUGAAGAAAUGGAAAACUCGAAACGCGGUUUGGAUUUAGGCUUGGGACGCGGUUUCUCAGGUUCCCAGGCUGCGAAACAUCUGAUGGGGUUAGCGGCCGCAAAUUUCGCCGGCGGUCCAGGUCGUAAACGACGCAGUGAAGACGGAGUUUAAAUCAGAACGAAAACGACGUGAAAAUUCCCCAUUUUUUUUCUCCGUUCAAUUUUUAUAGGUUAGAUUCUUCUCAUCCCCGCAUAAAUUCAUGAAGACGUACAAAAAUAUGUGUAAAGAAGGUGUAUUGUUCGAAAAAAAAAAAAUAAAUCUGGUAUUUUCCUUUUAGGAUUCUGGAUAAGUUCAAUUUUUUUUUGUAAAAUUGAGGUUAGGUAGGUAUGGGAAAAGCGAAAAAGUCGUAAAAAUGAUAUACUACCGGGGUAGUUGGAAAAAAAUUUAUCUUAUUAGUAUUUUUCAAUUCAUAUUGUUUAUUAAUAAAUGAAUAUUAUAUUUAAAAUAGUUGUCGGAAAUUGAAUGUCAGUUUUAUCAAUAAAUACAUUACUCAAAU